AUGGGCCAGCAAGAAGACCUGCAGCCAUGGGCCACCGCAACCAUGGCGUCAAUGACAGUGCUGGCAUUUGUCUGCGUCUGCCUUCGAUUACUUUCUCGGUACGAAAGGAACCAGAAGCUGUGGUGGGACGAUUGGAUGAUACUAUGGUCAAUGGCCUGGAAUCUGGUCGUCGUUGGAUUCGCAUUCGCGAUGGUUCGGUGCGGCAUGGGUCUUCACGCAGAUGUUGUGCCGCUCGAGAAAAUUGUCUUGAUCGCCAAGUUCCUUGUCGUUGCCGAGAUCCUCUACGUGUACAACUUGGUCUGGACUAAGCUGAGCCUUCUGAUGAUGUACUACCGCAUCUUUCGUUUUCCAUAUUUCAAGAGAUGGGCCUAUAUCAUCGGGACCUUCAUUAUCCUAUGGGUGAUCUGCAUCACGUUUCUUUUUAUUUUCAUCUGCGUUCCUGUGCAGAAGCUCUGGUACCCCCAGUUGCCUGGUCAUUGCAUCAACCAGGUGGGAACCUGGAUUGCCAAUGCUGUGUCAACUAUUUCCACCGAUUUGGCCAUUUUAAUCCUUCCCCUUCCACAGGUGUGGAAGCUACAGCUACGAAGAGCCGAGAAAAUCGUACUGACAGGUGCAUUUGGCCUUGGUUUCUUCGUCGUCUGUGCCUCCGCCUACCGUUUUAGCGUUCUGUUCUCAUAUAGCGCUUCGGACCCCUCCUACACGCUUACGCGGACCGUGGGCUGGACGAUAAUCGAAAUGGCGGCUGGCAUCGUGUCUGCUUGUCUCCCAACCAUGAGACCCGCGUUGCAAUUCAUCAUGCGGCAUCUCGGCAUCAAGGCAUCAAUUCCUGGCCUCUUCAACGGCACUGUAUCGAACAGUCUCUCCAAGGCUGGCCCCACGAAUCUUAGCAAUGGCGGCACGAUCACGGAUAUGUCCAACGACAACGCCGCGCAUGGUCACGUCCGGAAGGACAGCCAAGGUGCCUUUUACCGUCUGCCAGACGAGUCGAAAUACCGCAGUCCAGACAGUAGCAAGACGCCCGUGGAUGCCACACUGAGACCCGAUCAUGGCUGUGUUUACACAGUUGCAAGUGUGCCAGGAACAAGUGAAACGAUGGACAGUCUCAGUGGCGAUGAGAUUCCGUUGCACAGUAUCUAUGUGCACAAGGAAGUAACGCAAGUUACGACUUGA